UUUUCCCAGAAGACGAUCUCACUCCAGGUGCAGAGGAUCGAAUCCCACGCGAUCAGUCAUGAAGGCUUUUGUUGCUAUUGUGUUUCUUCAGGUGUGCCAGCUUGGCCUGGGGAUCGAAAUGCCACCUUACAACGUAACCAGUUCUGCAGAUUCUUACGAGGAACGCGUGUAUCCGGCAAGGAAGUGGGUGUCGACCUUCCAAAGCGGAUCCGACAGCGGGCUCUUCAACAGGCUCUUCAACUACAUCGACGGUCAAAAUGAGGCAGGGAUAAAGGUCGACAUGACAGCCCCCGUGACAACGCUCUUCGUCCCGUGUCAAGACCUUCGAUGCGCGACCAACUACACCAUGAGCUUCUACGUCCCCGCCGCCCACCAGGACAGCCCGCCCACGCCCACCAGCGCUGACGUGUACAUCGAAGACAGGCCGCAGUUGCACGUGUUCUCGAGGCGGUUCCACGGGUUCGCCAGCCACCAGGACUACCUCAGCAACGCCGCGCAGCUCCACGACGACCUGGUGGCGGCCGGCGAGGAGGGCGUCGACUUCGAGACCUUCUACGCCGUGGGAUACGACUCUCCCUUCGUCAUCGUUGGCCGCAAUAACGAGGUCUGGUUCGUGAAGAAGUGAGGGGCGCAAGCAUCAGGGAAGCUGCUGUAUUUAUUGGCAUUAUUUAUUUAUUUAUUUUUAGUAACUGUAACGACUGCAGUUCGAAAUACCGAGGUUUGUUUGGGAAAAAAAAAAACGGACUUGGGAAGAAUCGCGAACUGCGGAGAAUGUAUUAACUGGUUGUUAUGCGUAAGGAAUAAAUGUGUUUUGAAAAA